AUAAUACAAUAAUACUCCGUAUAUCAUUAGCGUUCGUACGUAGUGGUUACUUGUUAAUCUCUCUCUCGUCUCCAGAAACAACUCUUCCUCCACCCACGCCAACUGUCACGCGCAGCUCUCCUGCUCAAGUUAAUAACCACUUCUUCCGACCACCGCAAACAUCCGACGAGGGUAUCUAAGUAAGCAAUAGCUGCAUGGGUGAUUGUCCUCAUGGAAUAGAAGUUUUCCCGGACCAUUUUCGAGCUUCGACAUCUUGUGCAGACUCUCCUCAAAGUCCAACUCGGUCUACGCCUUCCAAAAAUUUAUACAACAAGUCUUUUAGGAUAGUUCGAGCUGCAGGUCGUGGACCCAAAUUAAGUUAAAGAGCACAUUAUCGAUGAUGAAGUUACUAAGCUUGCGAAGACUUCCAUGGGUAGCCGACACGGAUGGCCAGGAAAAGGUGAUCUUAAGUGCAGCAGAGGUUGCAUCUCUUCGAUCUGAACUCAAUGAUUUAGAGGAAAGAGAGUCACACCUGAAAGCUCGUCUAGAGCAUGUUGAUGAAUUACUACGGUCUGCUCGUCUCUCUGGAUAUCUUUACAUAAGAAUGAGAUGGGCAGCACUGCCCGGAGAACUUCCUCCCAUUGAUGAUGUAGAAGUUGACGACUGGGUUCCAAGAUUCAUCGUCCUCCACGGGUCGUGUAUUUACCUCUAUAUGUGUUCUACGGAUAUGAGCCCUCAGGAUUCAACCAUGCUGUCGGAUGUGGUCAAAGUGGGCCCACUUCCUUGCCUCGCGCGGGAAGGUGAGGAAGCUCGGCAUUGUUUUUAUAUUUUAACUCGUCAAGGUUUGCGAUACGAGUGCUCGAGUACUUCUAGAAUACAGGUUGAUAUGUGGCUGGCAUCAUUGCAAACUGACUGCAAAAUGGGAUCAACAUCAUUGCCAUCAAAGACGCAAAUCGAGACUUCGAAUCGUUAACCCGUGAGUUGAAUGAAUUUGGGCAUGAUAUCUAGAUUCAUAUAGAUCUAUCAAGAUGCUUUCGUUACGUUAUGUACAUAGUAAACAGUGCUGUAGUUUGACAAACUUACUUUGUGCAAGUAUCUAAAGAAUAAUAAAAAACCCUUUUGAGUUGUAUCUAAAGAAUAAUGGCUAUAGAAUUUU